GACAACGCCAACGUACAACUCAUUAUUGCCUGCCUGCCCCGGCCGCUCCAGCCGAUCCUUCCUACAAUCAAUCUGUCAGCCCUUGUGUGCAUUCUCGCUCUUUGCAUUGCUUCUUUUUGGCAUCCCCUGCCGUAACGGCAGCUGCCCGCAGUCGCUCCCUCCGCGAGGGCUCAACGAGCUAAUCCGCGCACCAUGGCAGACCGGCCAUCCUUCCAGCUCCCAAUUCCUCCUCCACCGCUUCACACUCGCUCCAGCGACAUGGACUGCCCGGGCACGCCCUCGCAGGAGGCCUUCAUCAGCCCGCAGCAGACCCCCCAGGGCAGCCCCAGCAAAAACCAGCAUCCGCCGGGGGCAUUCGACCUGCCGCACGUCUUCGAGAAUGCCAUGAGACUGCUGCCGACCCUGGGCUCGCCGUCCAGGUCGAAGCCGGGCACGCCCACGUCGCCCAACAAGGCCAACCUGCAGACGGCCGACGACGUCGACUACUCGGGCCCAGACGUCACCACGCUUGGGCCGGGCAGCCCCACGCGGAAGUCGAACAAGGAGAACACGCCGCCAGGCUCGCGUCCUGGCUUGCAGAAGGAGUCGAGCUACAUCACCCACGCGGCCCAAUCGCGCCAAGAGCCUUACCGCACCCGCGAGGCAGAGCAGUCGUCGCGCUACUACCACGGCCCCCAGCGUCUGUCCGCCGAGGAGCUCGAGAAGGCCAGGAAGCCUUCGGUCAAGCGCCUAGCCAAUGUUACUCAACUUUACUUCCUCGACUACUACUACGACCUCCUCACGUACGUGCACACGCGCCAGAAUCGCCUUGCCCAGUUCCAGGCACAGAACCCUCCACCCCCCGCCACGCCCGAAGCCGACUAUAAUGAUGCCCUCACGCAGUAUCUGGGUCGCGAGCGGGCGAAUCUGCGGAAGCGACGUACCCGUCUACGGCAGGGCGAUUUCCAGAUUCUCACACAGGUUGGGCAGGGAGGCUACGGACAGGUGUAUUUGGCGCAGAAGAAGGACACUCGGGAGGUGUGCGCAUUGAAGGUGAUGAGCAAGAAGCUCCUGUUCAAGCUGGAUGAGGUCCGCCACGUCCUGACCGAGCGCGACAUCCUGACCUCAGCAAAGAGCGAGUGGCUGGUUCGGCUGCUCUACGCAUUUCAGGAUGAUAAGAGUAUCUAUCUUGCCAUGGAAUACGUGCCCGGCGGAGAUUUUCGCACGCUGCUCAACAACACUGGUGUCCUGCACAACCGGCACGCUCGCUUCUACAUCGCCGAAAUGUUCUCCUGCGUCGACUCCCUCCACCAGCUAGGCUACAUUCACCGGGAUCUUAAGCCGGAAAACUUCCUCAUCGACAGCACCGGGCAUGUCAAACUAACAGACUUUGGUCUCGCGGCAGGCAUGCUUGCGCCAGCAAAGAUUGAGUCGAUGCGCAUCAAGCUUGAAUCCGUUGGAAAUGUGGUAUCCCCCUUUGGACGGCCCAUGGAAGAGCGGUCCGCUGCUGAGCGCCGUGAGAACUACAGGUCGCUUCGGGAGCGAGACGUCAACUACGCCAAGAGCAUCGUCGGCAGCCCCGACUACAUGGCGCCCGAGGUCCUCAAGGGCGAAGAGUACGAUUUUACGGUCGACUACUGGAGCUUAGGCUGCAUGCUGUUCGAAGCGUUGGCCGGAUACCCACCGUUCGCAGGUGCCACAGUUGAUGAGACCUGGCAGAAUCUGAAGCAGUGGAAGAAGGUCCUCCGCAAACCAGUCUAUGAAGACCCUUCCUACUUCCUCUCCAAGCGCACAUGGGACCUCAUCACCCAUCUCGUAGCGUCAAAGUCUUCCCGCUUCCGGGGCAUCUCGGAGAUUCAUGCGCACCAGUACUUUGCUGAGGUGGAUUGGAACCGACUGAGAGAGAACAAGGCGCCUUUCGUCCCAGAGCUCGACAGCGAGACCGACGCAGGAUACUUUGACGACUUUGGUAACGAGGCCGACAUGGCCAAGUAUAAGGAGGUGCAUGACAAGCAGGCUGCGCUGGAAGCCAUGGCCGAGCGAGGCGAGAAGAUGAACAAGGGUCUUUUUGUUGGAUUCACAUUCCGCCACAAGAAGACGAACGACGAGAACGGCAAGUCUUCCAGUCCCAGGAAACCGCUCCCUGUGGUGGAUGAGAACUUCGGUACCAUCUUCUAAAACAUUCCUUCCCCUUCCGCUCGCCGGGCACUGGUUGCUUCGGUUUCAGUUUGGGUCCCUUUCCUUCCCGGCGCUGUCAGGGUCCUCUCUUGCGAAGCAUAUGACGUUUGUGGAAACCCGUAAUGAGCGGUGAAUGAAUGGAGUGAUGGACUGGCAUUGUAGCAUGUGCUUUGGUAGGUUCUAGGCGUUGGAGCAAAUACGCUUGGAGUCUGGUUUCGGCGUGCAUUGAUUCUAGCAACGCCGUGUAAUAGUAGGAUAUGCAACGAGUAUCAUGGGAUGUUGCACCAUAUGCCGUCUCACUUUGUGAUUUAUACUCUGCUGGG